AUGUUCUUAUUCUUUUACUAUUUCUUUGGACCAUUAGACCUUUCUUUGUUUCCCUUCUUAUGUAUGUUUCUGCAAAUAAGAACGGCUUUCUUGUUUACUUUUGGUCUUGAACUCAUUGAACGCUACCCCUUCUCUCCUCCUGUGCUCGUUUGUGUUCGCAGGAACUCCAAAUGUGGAAAGUGCUUGGAGUCAAGCUGCUCAAGCCGCUUGCGCUGCUUCGAAAGCACCUUCUUACUUCCAAGCCCCUUUUCGGACAACCUGGGACCUGUGAGCCCCUGUGCGCCUGGAAAGCUUUGCGUUCACAAAGCUAUGUGCUAUGCGUUUAAAGAAAGCAUGUGGCAAAGCUACAUGUGA